AUGGAGAGUGGAGAGGAGCAUACGGUCGAUGCCUCCGACAUCCGCGAUUUGACAGUGGAGGAAGAAAAGAAAUUCAAGUUCCAUGAUAGAGCCGGAGGUAGAGUAGACAAUGAUAGGGCGGUUGGUAAGAACGGUAGAAAGGACCACAAGGCUGAGUCCAAUAAUGGAAAUAAUGUGAAGAAAGCAGAGGAGAUUGAAAGUGCAUUACCACGUGGGCCGCCAACUGUGAUAGAGCCUUUGACAACAUUAGGGAAACCGAUGCCAAG